UCAACUCGCGCGUCAACAGGAAGCAGCAGCGGAGGACAAAAAGAGCGCCGCAGUUCAAAACGGAGACGUUAAGGAGAAGUUCGUCUGUGAGACUCCAGAAAUCUCCCAGAAUCACAGAAAGAGCCGUCUGCGUCACUGUAAAUCAAAUUUAAAACGUGACGUCUGUUUUUGAGAGUUUAUAAGUUAAGUUAUCGUCGACCCCAUGUUUGUGUGAGUCUACUGAAGUCGGAGCUUCACCUCCAUCGUGUUGGUUCAUGCUCGGACAGCUGUAGGAAUAUCCUGGUCCAGUUGUGAUCCUACGGUGUCGUGGCCACGAUGAGCUUCUCUCCAGAUGUCUUGGGGCGUCCGGCAGGCUGCAGCAUCCAGGAGCAGAGGGAGCGCUGGCAGAGGAAACGCAGCAGGACAGCCAAAGAGCUGGUCCAGACGGAGCAGCGCUACUGCCAACAGCUCCAUCUCAUAACCACCUUUUUUGUGGAGAUCUUGAAGGCCAAAGGAACCUUGAAGCAGAACGUCAGAGAAUCUAUCUUCAGUUCUAUUAAAGACAUUCAAUCAGCAAACCAAUCUCUGCUUGUUCAUUUGGAGAAUGGAUACUUUGGGAAAGGCUUGGCUCAGUUCUGCACUCAUUUGCAUCACUACACUGCAUAUGUGGACAACAUUUACAAUGCCAACAAAGUGCUCAUGAUUCAGCUGAAGAAGAACAAGGCCUUCAGACGCUUCAAGAAGCUGCAGGAAGCUCGGCCAGAGUUCAACAGCCACAAACUGGAGGACUUGCUGCAGUUACCCGUUCAGCGGAUCCAUCAAUAUAAACACUUUCUACAGGAUCUGACUGCAAACACAAGUCCAGACCACCCGGAGUUUGAGCAGCUUUCAAAGUCCUUCCAUGAAGUCAUGAAGGUGUUCCAGCGUAUUGAGGACAACACGAGGCGCCAUGAGAACCACCUGCAGCUCUGUCGAGUGCAAAAGCUGCUGAAAGGGAAAAGAACAAAAAUCAUGACUGCAGGGAGGUGGUACAUCCGCGAGGGCUGGCUGAACAUGGUUCCCCAAAAAGGUGACGGUGCCAAGCCCAGGAUGUUUUUCCUCUUCUCUGACAUGCUCCUGCAGGCCAAGCGCUGCAGCCCCCUGGAACUUACCAACGGGGAGAAGUUUGUUGGCCAGCACGCUUACCCCCUGCAGGACUGCAGCGUUGAAAAGGUCUUUGGACACACCAGGAGCAAAGGAGGCCUGCUCAGCCUGACCUUCCCCAAAGCCAAACUUCUGCUGAUGUCCAACAACCAGGAGGACCUGAACGACUGGCACCAGAACCUGAGCGCAGCCAUCAGGAAGUUACAGCCUGCAGCAACCGUCAUCCAUCAGAGGGAGGACAGGCGGGGGGAGCUGGCAUGCAACAGGAAGAGGCACAUGCCCCUCGCCGACGCCACUGAGCGUGCUCAAACAUCUCCUGAGCAGGACUGCAGCGUCCCAAAGAGGAUGAAAGAGUCUGAUGAUGCAGGAGCGAGUGCAGGAAGCUCCGCCUCCAGCUGCGUGAUCCUCUGAUCGCUCCGUUCAGGUGGGGAUCAGUGACAGACUGAGGCCCAGUGGCACCAAAUGCAAACCUGACCAUCUCUUACACUCCGAUUCUUCUUCACGGUGGUUUCAUGGCUUUAAUGCGUCCUCAGAGGGAUUAUUUAGUCUUGAUAACGGCUUCUUUUUACUAACCCGAGUCCUUCAACUGCAGGAGAACGGAUCCGUUCUUCCAGUGACAGCAGGAAUGUUCUUCAACUUUUAUGCUCGCUUCAUGGUUUUCAAUGACCACUUUAUUUAUCUCCACUUUGACACUUUGAUAUUUACUCCUAAACAUCAUGUUACACUUUGGGAAUGAUUUUUUUAUUCUUUUGUGUUUUUUAUGAUGUAAAAUGGAAAUUAUAAUUUCCCAAUAAAAAUACUACAAACAUCUUUA